AUGUCUGACGUGGAGAAGAAAGACAAUGCCACUCACCUUGAGCACCCGCAGGAAGCUCAAGCUCAACUUGCCACCUUAGGUAAUCAAGAGGAACACGAAGUUGGGAAAAUAGAAUCAUUCCGAAAAUACCCCAAGGCAUCGUUUUGGUGCAUUUAUGCUGUCUGGUGUGUCCUCGUUCUCAGUUUCGAAAACCAGGCAGGUGGUAGCAUUUUGAGCAUCCCUGAAUUCCGAAAGGACUUCGGUCAUCUCUACGAGGGAGACUAUGUUUUAGACGCAAAAUGGCAAUCUGCUUUCAACGGCGCGCCCGUUGCUUCUGCUGUCGCCGGUGCCUUGGGUAGCGGUAACCUCGCAGACUGGCUCGGUAGAAAGAAAGUAAUCGCGAUUGCCCUGUGUUUCUCCUUCGUCGGCAUCACACUUGAGUUCAUCGCAACUACUAACGAGGUUUUCUUUGGGGGCAAGUUCAUCAACGGCUUUGCCAUCGGUGCACUUUCGUCUGUCACUGUUACUUACAUCGGAGAGAUUACUCCCCUUGCUCUUCGUGGCCUCUUCACCUGUCUUUCAGCCCUCUCAUAUACCCUCGGUCCUCUUAUCGCCGCUGUCAUCAUCAAUGAAACCGGCAACUUCAAUAAUCGCUGGGCCUACCGUGCUGUCUUCUGUGGGCAAUAUGGUUUCGCGGCCAUCGCAGCUAUCCUCUUACCUUUCAUGCCCGAGAGUCCCUGGUACCUCGCUAUGAAAGAAAAGGAUGAAAAAGCGCUGAAGAGUCUGGCUCAGCUCGGGUACCCUGGCGACGAAGGCCGUAUUCGACUUGCUGUGAUACAUCGGACUUUGGAGCAGGUCAGCCGCGAGACCGCUGGUGCAAGCUACCUCGAGUGCUUCCGAAAGUCGAAUCUUAGACGCACAAUCAUCAGCGUGUCUCCACUCUGCAUUCAGAGCUUAUCGGGAAUCAUGUUCGCCGCAUCCUACUUCACUUACUACAUGCAACUUGCCGGCUACAGCACCGCUGAUAGCUUUAAGCUUCAGGUUGUCCAGCAGUGUUGUUCGUUGAUCGGCAAUGUCAUGUCAUGGUAUUUGGUGGAUAAAAUGGGACGACGCCCUCUAACGAUCUAUGGACUUGCAGUCUUGACCGUCAUUCUUCUGGUCACUGGUGGUCUGGCACUACCCGGAACGCUCUCAUUCAAUCGAGGCACAGUAGCACUCCUCCUUCUGUACUGCUGGUGGUACAAUGUCACGAUCGGCGCAACCGCCUACACUGUUCUUGCCGAGGUUGCAACGUCACGUCUUCGUAUCAAGACCAUCGCCUUGGGACUCGCAAUGCAGAACGGGCUGAACACUAUGUGGAGCUUUGUUCUGCCCUACCUCUUCAACCCUGAUCAGUUGAACCUCGGUGCCAAGAUUACAUUCAUCUUUGGCGGCCUGGCAGUCAUUUCAUUGGUACAUUUGUGGUACAAUCUGCCUGAAACUGCAGGCAGGACAUACGAAGAGUUGGACGAGAUGUUUAUGAAGGAAAUUCCUGCCCGCAAGUUUAAGAAAUACACACCUGAUGCUGCAGUCCGAGGUCAAGUGGCAAAGAUGGCCAUGGACAAGGAAAACAACUUUUAA